AAGCUCCAGACCAGAAUAGAUCCCUGUCCGUCUCGGCAAUCUUUGCACUGUCAUAGCACCUGCCACCCUGGAACACCUGCCGACGCCUCCACAUGUACUCCUAAGCUGAGAGGAAACGAAUCCUCCUUUCUCCAUACCAGCCAACAUGGCUGUUUCGUACUGCUGCUGCAGCGAUCGAUCAAAACUCAGCUCACUAGUACCGAGCAUCGUCUGAGAAGGGAACGCCCAGCAGGCAGCCGUUUCAAGCGCGCAUGCACCUGUCGUUCGCGUUGUAUACCCGACAAUCAACCGCUCAUCACUGGCCCCACCAUCGCUUCUCGACGAUCGUCUCUCGUGCCGGCCUGCCCGAAACUAACACCUCAGCUUGUCCAUGGCCCUGGAGCGCCAAACCGCCACGCUCCCACCGGCACAGCCCACUGCCAUUCUUCGCGGCCAUGCCUCGCACAUCCACGCAACAUUGUUUGUUCGUCAGAACAGUCGUUUGUUGACGGGCGACGCAGAUGGCUGGGUCGUCCUCUGGAAUGUUCAGACUAAGCGACCAGUUGCUGUCUGGCCAGCCCACGAUGGCCCUAUCCUAGGCUUCGCCCAAUGGGGAGAAGCAAAGAUAAUAACACAUGGCCGAGACAACAGAAUAAGAAUCUGGCGACUAGCAAUCGGAGACGAGACUGAGAAACUCUCAUCAACAUUGCCUGAAGAUGGGAACCGAGAACAUACGCCGAAACCGUGGCUUCUCCAUUCGCUUCCCGUCAAUACCCUCAACUUCUGUUCUUUCUCCAUGGGUUAUCAGCACCCUCCAGCCUCCAUCGCAGAGGAUGAUUCCAUCUUUGUGGCGGUUCCAUCAACGGACGACAAGGUGAUCGACGUGUAUAGCUUCCCUGGUGAGCUACUCAAGGUCAGGAUCCCACAGAUACGAACCGUCGAAACAGGCAUGGUGAUGGCUGUGAAAUUUAUUCGUAAUAGAGCCACGCAGAGACUUCUACUCCUCGCAGGGUAUGAGGGCGGAGUCACUGCAGCCUUUAAGCUGGCUGAAGAACACCCCGAUACGAGCGUGGACACUGCUCAGCUUGUAUACCUUAGUCAACCCCAUUCUCAGCCUAUCCUGUCAUUGGACGCUUCACCAGAGGGCGACUAUUACUACACAUCCUCGGCGGAUGCUAUAAUAGCCCAGCAUCAGAUACCGGAGUUGCCAUCCGUUCCGGGUAAAGAAGACAAUGACCCACCUGUACCGUCUUCAGGUCUGUUCACAAAGCAAACUGUUCAUCAGCCGAGCUCUAAAACACCGACACCCAGUGGUCUAUCUUCAUUGCUUUCGUCCGCGGCGCCGCUACCGAAGUUCAAGCCUGCUCCGCCAGUCCCGAAAGUGGUCACUUUACAACAGCCGUUUAGAGUGAUAGACACCAAACACGCUGGUCAACAGUCGCUCCGUGUCCGCUCUGAUGGCAGGCUUCUGAUUACCGGUGGUUGGGACUCACGGAUCCGCAUAUACAGCACCAAGACGCUCAAGGAAGUUGCCGUGUUAAAGUGGCAUAAGGAAGGUGUCUACUCCACUGCAUUCGGCGAGAUUCUUACACAGGAUGCGACAGGUCACGGAGAUAGUGCUACCAAUAAGCGGCAAAGAGAGCGUGAGGAGCAGUCGAAGCUUAAACACUGGGUCGCUGCAGGAGCUAAGGAUGGGAAAGUCAGUUUGUGGGAAGUGUUCUGAUGUGCUGUCUGGCCCUGUCGCGGAACUUGGAGUAUGCCAGCCACCCCAUGAUGACGCAUGUAUAUAGACAAGAUGUAUUGUAGUAUAAAUUGUCACGUUAACAGCAAUCUACCAAGC